UAUAAAGAAGCCUCAGAGCAAUCAGCUGUGGACAUUGUCAGACCGGAGCUGUAUUUGUAUGCAAAGAUUUGCUGGUCCAGAUAAAGGAUGUUGUUUAUCCAGCUUUUCCUGUUUAUACUUUUGGAUUAUAACCCAAUUCUAGGAUUAUUUGUAGUGACAGCUCCAAAAUCAACUUAUACUGUGAAGCGUGGGGAUACGAUCCAAAUGAUAUGCAAUUUUCCAGUCCCAAAAGAAGAUGACCUAAAUAAACUGCAAGUGUCCUGGCAACAAUUUCAAACAAAGCACCACGGAACAAGACAAGUAACAAUGUUUAACCAGGGGAGAGAAGAUGAAUUAAGCCAGGAUACAAUGUAUAAAGGAAGAGCCAGUUUGGUUACCCAAGCGUUGAAAAAUGGGAUGGCCAUUCUUCAAAUUGAAGAUGUGAAGCUUACUGAUGCAGGAACAUAUUUAUGUGUCUUACAGCUUGGUGGAUCUGAUUACAAGGAGAUGUCACUAAAUGUCCAAGCAUCGUACAGUAAAAUUGCAAAUUAUUCGGAGGUAUCGGAAGACAAUCAAAUAUCUUUCACAUGUGAGUCAUCAGGUUUUCCUGAGGCAGAGGUUUACUGGAAAGAAAAUGGAGUUAAUGUAAGUUCUCUGGUAACUACUUCCCACACUCAGAUUGAAGAUGGAUUGUAUAUAGUAACAAGCACAAUCAAAGGCAUAGACAUGAAUCACCUCUACCAUUGUGUAUUCUGGAACAAAGCACUCAAGGAAGAGACAGAAGCUUCACUGAAAUACUCAGGGCAUCUAGAGCUUCUAAAUGAUGGAUCUAAUUAUAACAGAUAUCCCCAGAGGAAUGAAUCUGGUCAUCAUAGGCUGCCAUCCCAUACAGUGAUCAUAAUAAGUAUAAUCAUGUGUGUUGUGGUUUCCCUCGUGGUAAUGGUAAUGGUAUUACUUAAAAAAAGACAUCUGUGUUUCAAGUGCUUCAAGAAAAAAGGUGACCGAUCUUCACCACUAUGAAGUAGGAAUAUAUGGAACGUUCAUUAUAUGCACUUUAUCAUAUUAUAAAAAAAAUAAUUUCCAUGUAUUACAUGCCGUCAUAUCUGGAGCAUUAUUAGCUUAGACAAAAUGUAUAUAGAUUAUCAUAAAUGUCGGCCACAUUACCACGAUGUUGGUCGGGUUCACGAACAUAUAGGCAUAACUGAAAAACAUAUCUUUUGAUAGAUCUUACAAAAACGUAUAGACUGUCACUGUCUUCCUGUGUCAACGAAGCAGUUUAAAAAGUUGGAAAUACUUGAGUUGUGUUUUUCGUAACUUCAGUUUCCCCUUUAAAGAGAUUUCCAGGACUUUGAUAUUCAUGGCCUUUCCCUAGAUUAGAUCAUCAAUAUCUGAUAGGUGGGGGUCAGACACCUGGCACCCGGUCGGCUAUUUGAAUAGGCCACGGCACUCUGGUGAGUUCUGUUGCUUCCUCAAAGCUCCGUACAUUGUAUAGCGGUUGUGCUUGGUAUUGCCGCCUAGGCCCAUUAAGCUACAAAUAGUCUAUGCGACCAAUGAACACAACAUCUCUGGCCUAGGAAGAGGCCGAGGUGCUCAUCAGAGUGCUGCAACCUCUUCACACAGCUGAUCAGCAGGGGUUCCAGGAGUUGGACCCCCAC